AUGCGUUUGUCCGCCUUCGCCUCGGUGGGCCUCAGCAGCCUGGCGGUCGUCACCAACGCCGCCAUCGUGACCUACGACUGGACGAUCGACUGGGUUCGGGCAGCUCCUGAUGGCUUCUCUCGCCCCGUCAUUGGUGUGAACAACCAGUGGCCCUGCCCCGCGAUCCGGGCCAAUGUUGGCGACACCGUUGUUGUCAACAUCAAGAACAACCUGGGCAACCAGACCACCGGUAUCCAUUUCCAUGGUAUCCAUCAGAUCGGCUCCAACGAGAUGGAUGGACCCACAGGCGUGACCCAAUGCCCUGUGCCACCUGGAAACACCUUGACAUACUCCUUCUACGCUGAUGCGCCAGGCACAUAUUGGUACCACUCCCACAGCCCCGGUCAGUACCCUGAUGGUCUGCGUGGUCCUCUUAUCAUCGAUGACCCCAACGACCCAUACAAGGGCAAGUACGAUGAGGAGGUUAUCUUCUCGGUGUCGGACUGGUAUCACUCGGAGACUCUCCCAUUGGUUCGCGCCAUGCUCACGCCUGCCAAUGACCGAUUCUUGCCUCCCUUCCCGGACAGCAUCAUUGUCAACGACGGGCAAAACACAAACUUUUCCUUUGUCAAGGGCAAGACCUACCGCUUCCGCAUGAUCAGCUAUGCCGCCUUUGCCUCGGCCAUGAUUCAGUUCGACUCGCACACCAUGCAAAUCAUCGCAGCGGAUGGUGCCUACACCACCCAGACCCAGGCCUACCAGAUCCGUCUUUCGCCCGCUCAGCGCUACGACGUGCUCAUCUCGGCCAUUGACCGUGACAACCGCAACUACCCGAUCCUGGUCAACCUCGACAUCAACCGUGACUACGAGGUCGCCCCGGUCUGGACCAAGAACUACACGGCUCAGCUUGUCAUGGACCCCGCCAAGCCCUUCACCACCUACACCGUCAACCAGUGGCGCCCGCAGGACGACUCGACCAUCAAGCCUUACGAUGUUGUUGGCGACGCCAUCCUCCCCCCUGCCGACAAGGUCAUCACUCUUGACUUCACCUUCUGCAAGGACGAGAACAACUACCCCCGCGCCUGCUUCAACAACCAGACCUUCAUCAUGCCGCACACUCCUACUCUGUACACUGCUGCUACUGUCGGCGAGGCCAACACUGAUGCGAUUGUCUACGGCAACGUUCUCCCUGAGAUUGUCUCGUACGGCCAGGUUGUCGACAUUGUCAUCAACAACAUCGAUGCUGCUAUUCACCCCUUCCACCUGCACGGUCACCACUUCCAGCUGCUCGAGCGCCCCAAGUCCAACACGGGUGUCUGGCCUGGCCGCAGCGGAGGCUACAACACCCUCCCCGCUCUCCGCGAUGUUGUGCACGUCAACGCCCACUCGUAUGCUGUUCUCCGCUUCAAGGCUACCAACCCCGGUGUGUUCUUGUUCCACUGCCACAUCGAGUGGCACGUCGAGAUGGGCUUGACUGCCACCAUCAUCGAGGCUCCCGAGAGGAUCCGCGGCAAGACCUUCCCUCCGGACCACAUGGCUGCCUGCAAGGUCAUGGGUAUGCCCACUGCCGGCAACGCUGCCGGAAACACUGUCAAUGUCUACGACACCAGCGGCUACAAGGAGGUCCCUGACACUGUCUACCAUGGGUGA